AACCUUGGUAUUUAUUUAUAUAUUUAAUUUUUUCUUCUUUUUAAGUCCUCAUCGAAUUUAUGCUGAUGCUGGAAGUGCUUUUGCCAUGGGUCUUAUUGGUGGUUCUAUUUUCCAUGGAAUUAAAGGAUUUCGAAAUGCACCAAAAGGAUUUAACCAAAGAUUGCUCAACGCUGGUCGCGAGAUACGUAUUCGAAGUCCUGUCACGGGAUCACAAUUUGCAGCGUGGGGAGGGAUGUUCUCGGUUAUUGAUUGUUGUAUUGUUUCUGUGCGGAAAAAGGUUUUUAAAAAUAAAGUUAGGAAUUUUGAAAACUCGGGAAAAUUUUUGGAGUUUCGAAGGCAGGAAGCCAUAAUUCGUUACUGCCACAAUGAAGAUCCUUGGAAUUCAAUAAUGGCUGGUGCUGCUACUGGUGGUCUUCUCUGUGCUCGAAUGGGAAAAGGUCCAAUGAUAGCUUCAGCAGCAUUUGGUGGAAUAAUUUUGGCAAUGAUUGAAGGUGCUGGUCUUUUAAUGAAUCGAUUUACUGCAACUUGGAUGAUGGGUCAACAACAACAAAUGCCUCCGCCGCCUGAAGAGCCGAGAGCGUUAGGAGCAAAAGAGAAACAAACAUCAGAAAAGCAAUCUUCUAGUAGUGGUUCUAUUCAUUCUACGAACUUUUCUGAAUCUUCUGCUAAUGUUGCUCCAUUUGGAUUUGCCACACAACAUUAA